GGCGGUGCUGUCUUUGGGGGACGCAAAGUGCUAGAUCAGGAGGGUUUUUCUUUUUCUCCGGCUGAGGAAACUGUAGAGGGGAGCUGACGAGGGUGGUCCAAGAAGACGAGAGCCGGAGUGUUGGUGAUCUCGGAGCUUCUCGUGAACCAGUGCUAAAAAUAUUUAACUCCAACAAAUGAAUUCCACACUUGAACUCUGCUGCAUUCCUGUGCCACCUCCUCCUUUAGAAAACUGAUCUUAAAAAGAUAAAAGAGAAAUAGAAGGUGAAAGAAGAUGCUGGGAUCUGAACGUGGUGUUGUAGAAGAAUGGUUAUCAGAAUUCAAGGCAUUACCUGACACUCAGAUCACUAAUUAUGCAGCAACUCUACACCGGAAAAAAACACUUGUACCAGCCCUCUAUAAAGUCAUUCAAGAUUCGGAUAAUGAGCUCCUGGAGCCUGUCUGCCACCAGCUGUUUGAGCUCUAUCGUAGCUCUGAAGUUCGACUUAAGAGGUUCACACUGCAGUUCUUGCCAGAAUUGAUGUGGGUUUAUUUACGGCUUACAGUUAGUCGAGACAGGCAGAGUAAUGGUUGCAUUGAAGCACUUCUAUUAGGAAUUUACAAUUUGGAAAUUGCUGACAAAGACGGAAACAAUAAAGUUCUAUCUUUCACUAUCCCUUCCUUGUCCAAGCCUUCAAUAUAUCAUGAACCCUCAACAAUUGGAUCCAUGGCUUUGACAGAAGGAGCAUUGUGUCAGCAUGAUCUCAUCAGAGUUGUUUAUAGUGAUCUUCAUCCUCAGAGGGAAACAUUCACUGCGCAAAACCGGUUUGAAGUUCUAAGUUUUCUCAUGCUGUGUUAUAAUUCAGCUAUUGUGUAUAUGCCUGCCUCAUCUUACCAGUCUCUUUGUCGGAUGGGCUCCAGGGUUUGUGUAAGUGGGUUUCCACGGCAACAUGAAAAACAUUGGAAAGAACUCUGUGGUCGAAUAGUAUUGGAUCCUGAAUUUAUGGUGCAACUUCUCACAGGGGUUUAUUAUGCUAUGUAUAAUGGACAGUGGGAGCUUGGCCAGGAAGUUCUUGAUGACAUCAUUUAUAGAGCUCAGCUAGAACUUUUUUCUCAACCAUUAUUGGUUGCCAAUGCCAUGAAAAACUCAUUACCAUUUGAUGCUCCUGAUUCUUCACAAGAAGGCCAGAAAGUACUUAAAGUGGAAGUCACCCCAACAGUGCCGAGGAUUUCUCGGACUGCAAUUACAACAGCUUCAAUUCGUCGUCAUAGAUGGAGGAGAGAAGAUGGCUUUGACUUCUCAAACGAGGCUGACUCGAGUAUUCCUGGCUCCCCGAUCCAACUCGGCUCCACUGACCUAGGGAUCAAACGUGUGCAAGAGGGGGAGGUGCUGGUGCGCAGGACCCCUGAGCAUGGCUCGCCGGAGCCCAACUCGGCAGCAGCCACAACAGAGGGUGCUGAGGGUGUAAAUGGAGGAGAGGAGUCUGUAAACGUAAAUGAUGCAGAUGAAGGAUUUUCAUCAGGGGCUUCCCUCAGCAGUCAGCCAAUUGGGACCAAACCAUCCUCUUCUUCUCAGAGGGGAAGCUUAAGGAAAGUAGCAACUGGGCGUUCAGCCAAGGAUAAAGAAACAGCCUCUGCCAUCAAAUCCAUUGAGAGCCCUCGAGAUUCAGUAGUUCGCAAGCAGUAUAUACAGCAACCAGCUGAUCUUAGUGUAGAUUCAGUUGAGCUGACACCGAUGAAAAAACACCUGAGCCUGCCUGCUGGCCAGGUGGUGCCAAAAACCAAUAGUAUAAGUCUAAUCCGGACAGCCAGUGCUUCCUCAAGUAAAUCAUUUGACUAUGUAAAUGGCAGUCAAGCAAGUACCAGCAUUGGGGUUGGAACUGAGGGAGUUACUAAUUUAGCAGCUAACAGUGCUAAUCGAUACUCAACUAUCAGUCUACAGGAAGACCGGCUAGGUCAAGCUGGUGAAGGUAAAGAGCUCCUCAGUCCAGGAGCCCCCUUAACCAAGCAGUCUCGAUCCCCAAGUUUCAAUAUGCAGCUAAUAUCCCAGGUGUAGUUUUGACAUCCUCUCUCCUCUUUCUGCUUAAACUGAACAUAUUUCAUUGUGCAAGAAGACACUUCAUCACACAUUGUGAAAAUACUGGUGACCAUAAUCAGAUCUGAUUUAGUUUAGGUAUCUUCAUACCAUUUUUUUGUAUGGAAACAGCAAUAAGGUUUUAUUUUCCCUCUUUCCUAUAUCUUCCCUUCACCUUUCCUUGUAAAUGUGUUUGUGAAGCAGUAUAAAAUAUUUGCCUUUUCCAUGCCUUCCUUUCUCCUUGGGUGAUGUGCAAUCCAUCGUAGGCUGAUCGGUCCCAUUUCAACACUGUGAGAUUGAGGAUAUGUAAGAGGAAAUGGUGUAUAUGAUCCCUAUGAAAUGAUUCUUUGGCUUUUGCUUAAAAACAAAACAAAACGGGUUUGUUCUCAUAAUCUACAGAACUAUGAAGAUUCUGGAUCAUAUUUUUUCUCUCUUAACCAGGAGUGCCUCAGAGAUUCUGCUAUGACUUUGGACUUCUCUGAGUCUGUGCAAUCAUUUUCUAGAAAACCAUGGGGAAAGGUGGUAGUGCUGCACUUUUCAUUAAAAUGAGGGUAGCUCUUUUUUCCCCCAUCUCCUUUAUCCCAAGGACAUAAAUGUUCAAAUACUGAGGCAUUUAAAUCAAAUUGUGACCACCUUCAUUAGAGGGGCAGAGCUCCAAGUUGAUUGUGUAAUUGAUAAUGCACUUUGUCAAUGGCUCUAUAGUCAUUAUUAACAUGUCUUCCCUCUUCCCCACAAGGACAUAAGAUCAUUUCUGUCCUUAAAGUCUGAACAGCUAACAAAUCAGAGAAUCCAAGGGGCAAGUUCUAUUUCCCAGGAAUGAUUGACACUUUGGUGCUGGGUUUUUGUUUAGCUUGUAUGGGAUUGUGUGUGUGAGAGGGGAGGUUUUGAUUGUUUUUUUCUUUUCCUUUGUGAGCUGAUGAUGACUGAAGUAGAAUAGUACAUCUUCAGGUAAAGAGAGGGAUUUCUCAGUCCACUUUUACAUUAGACUAUUAGAGAAACCCUUUCAGCUGCUUUCUAGGUGUACCUAAAUUCAGUCAGAUAUUUUGGAUUAAGAAACCUGAAGUCCUGAUAGAUUACAUACUCCAAGGAAAUACAUCAGGGAGAGAUAAUUGGCUGAAAACACUGAUGCUUCAAUGUGACACAUUUUUAUAGAACAUUCUACCAGGGGGUACUGACUUGAUUUCUCCUACAGGGACCACACUGCCUUUGUGUUUAAUGUAAUGCAAUUUGUGUACAUUCUAAUCAUAUAUCUACAAAGUUUUUCAUUUUUAUAAAACUUGGAAAUCAUGCCAGUAAGCUAGAUGUUGAAUGUAUGUAAGUAGCAUUUGGUAACUGCUGAAAGGCUAAAAAAUACAUUAUCAGUUAAAAAAAAAAUUAGUUCUGAUUUGGCUGAAUAAGAUUUUAUUAUAACCUCUUCUGGGUCUCAGGCACUAAUGUUUAAAAAAGAAGGGAAUGUAUUCAGUUUUUAAAAAUCAGCAUAUUGUGACUUGAACUGCUGUAAGUUAUCCUUCCACAGAAUACAUCAGAGCUGUUAGUGCUGUGUACAUGUAGAUGUUUUUACUUUACUAUUGUGAAAGAAAAAAAAUCCUUAAUUUAUAGAAAGCAAGUAUUCACUUAACAGAGUUUAAAAUUUUAUCUCUACCAAUUAAAAUUACCAUAGAUUUUGAUAAA